CGGUUCCCCGCUCUGGCAUGAGACCCACUCGCCAUUUUGAUAUAGUCGAGCAGGGCUGAGACCACACGCCACAACGUUGCAGCUUACCAUCGAAGUAAACGCCGAAACCGGACACGCUUUGAUUGAAAGAAAAGAUUACAAUGAGUGGUUGUCGUGUCUUCAUCGGCCGCCUGAGCCCACACGCCAGGGAGAGAGACGUGGAGAAAUUUUUCAAGGGCUAUGGCCGAAUUAGGGAAAUUAACUUGAAGAAUGGAUUUGGCUUUGUGGAAUUUGAUGACCACAGAGAUGCAGAUGAUGCCGUCUACGAGUUGAACGGCAAAGAAUUGUGCAGUGAAAGGGUCACUAUUGAGCAUGCUCGCUCCAGAAGAGGACGAGGUGGGGGCCCCGGAGGAAUGGGAGGACGUUUCGGCGGUGGCGGAGGAGGUGGGGGUGGAGGUGGAGGUGGUGGAAGCAGCAGUGGCGGCGGCGGUGGCUAUCGUCCAUCUCGCAGCAGUGGCUCCAGACUGGACAGGUAUGGCCCCCCUGUGCGGACAGAUCACAGACUAAUUGUGGAGAACCUCUCUUCACGAAUCAGCUGGCAGGACCUGAAAGACCUCAUGAGAAAAGCAGGUGAAGUUACCUUUGUGGACGCACACAGACCUAACAAAAAUGAAGGAGUGGUUGAGUUUGCAUCCCGCAGUGACCUGAAGAACGCCAUCUCCAAGCUCGACGGAUCAGAGCUGAAUGGACGCAAGCUUAAGAUCUUUGAGGACAGCAGAAGCAAGAGCCGCUCUCGCUCCCGCAGCUACUCCCGCUCAAAGAGUCGUUCCAGGAGCCGCAACCGUUCCAGGAGCCGCUCCAGGUCCCUGAGUCGCACCCCAGAGAAGAAGACGUCCGGUGGGGGCAGGGCGUCAGGCAGAUCCCCCUCCAGGUCUAAGUCCAGGUCCAAGUCUCGCUCAAAGUCUCGCUCAAAGUCCAGGUCUAAGUCCAGGUCCAGGUCUCGCUCCCGCUCACCUGCCCCUGCUCAGAACAAGCAGUCCCGUUCACGGUCUCGCUCCCGGUCCAGGUCUCGUUCCAGGUCUCGCUCCCGCUCCGCCUCUGCAGACAGCAAGCACUAAGAUUGGUGCACCUGUCGGCCGUAAAAAAUAGACUGAUAGUUGCUCACCACAGGCCUGUAUGGUGGCAUGUGAUUUAUUGUUUCUUUUUAAUGAAGGGGAGGAAAUCCCCAUGGCUUCUUUUGAAAUAAGAUCUUAAGUCAUUAAUGUGCCCUCAUUGGCUUUGAUUUCUUUCUUUUUUUAGUUUGGAUGAGCUUCCACCGGAAAAUGUUUGUUUUUCUAAUUAUUAUUUUUUGCACCCCCCCCCCCCCCCC